CAGCCUGUUGACCUCGGCAGCUUCAAGGGAGAGGUGAAGACGAACGUAGGUCUUUUGAGAAAAGCUCUUGUGUAAUAUGAUCUCAAUUUACAGGAUAAUUCCUUUAACUCAUCCCGUUUACACACAUCAUGUGCAGAGGGGUGGGAAGAUGUUGUCUUCCACUAGCAAACACAUGAACCAGCAGGGGUUCUUCCCUGCGCACUCCUAGCUGAUGGGCACUCACUGAGCUACACAAGCUGGAGAUGGAAAAGACCGAGUUGUAAACACUCCCAAAGGACCUUGCCCAUCCUCCCUGUGUGGAUAGAAGGUGCCCUCCUCCCAACCUUCAGAAACAUGCCCCAGAAACACCUUUAUACCAGACGCAACGUGCCAGAUCGACAGCUCUGGAUCCUCAGCAAAAAGGGCUGACAGGAGUAAAAACCAGGAAAACCUGUGUGGCUAAAAUGUAGGAGCUCAGACGCUGCCUGUGCACAGGGAGUAAAGAGCAAGACGGUGCCGCUUUAAAGUUCCCGCCACAAUGAAGUUCAAGAAGAAUCAAAGUUCAGGGCCGGGUGACGUUUGAGGAGGUGGCCGUCUGGUUUUCCCGGGAGGAGUGGGAGAUGCUGGCACACUGGCAGAAGGAGCUGUACCGGGCCGUGAUGCUGGAGAACUAUGAGAAUCUAUUUCUUCUAGCAGGCCAGGCAGAUGCCAAACCUGAGAUCAUAACCAAACUUGAACGAGGGGGAGAGCUGUGUGUUGAGGACCAGCAGGCCCCGGAGGGGAGAGAAAUUCUUCCAAAUGUUUCCAGGGGGAAUUGGUCCAGGAAGAAAACUAAAAGGGAGUCGGACCUGCAAGGAUGUCGUGGAAACCCAGAAGCUCAAGGGACCUCAUCAAAAACGUUCAAAGAGAAAGUUUUGUGCAAACAAACCAGAAGAUCCAGCAAACUCUCCAGCGACCCUGAUCUCCAGAGCUGCAGCACAAAAGAGAAGCUGCUGAAAUGUACCGAGUGUGGGAAAAGCUUCACCAGGAGGCAGAAUCUGAGCACGCACAAGAGAAUCCACACUGGAGAGAGACCUUACGAGUGCAGCGAAUGUGGGAAGAGGUUCAGCCGCAUGCAGCACCUCGUGUCGCACCAGCGAAUCCACACGGGCGAGCGUCCCUACCAGUGUGCCGAGUGCGGGAAGCGCUUCAGCCAGAAGUCCAACCUCCUCACGCACCAGACCAUCCACACGGGGGAGAGGCCCUUUAAAUGCACAGAAUGUGGGAAAAGGUUCAGCCAGAGAGUCUACCUGACCCAGCACCAGAAAACCCACACGGGAGAGAAGCCGCAUAAAUGCCUGGAGUGCGGGAAGAGUUUCAUUCAGAGGAAGGUGCUCCUGACGCACCAGAAAAGUCAUGCCGGGGAGGGAGGGCCCUACCUAUGUGCCGACUGUGGAAAAUGCUUUACCACACGGCCAGGGCUGAGGUAUCACCAGAGAAUCCACACUGGGGAGCGGCCGUACCCCUGCGCCCUGUGCGGGAAAGGUUUUGCCACCAGUUCCCGCCUGAAAUAUCAUCUGCGGAUCCAUUCGGGAGAGAGGCCUUAUCAGUGCAGCGACUGCGACAAGCGCUUCCGGCACAAGUCGGCUCUGGCCUCCCACCAGGGCAUCCACACCGGUGAGAGGCCUUACAAAUGUACCGAGUGCGGGAGCAGCUUCCGCCGCCGGAACGGGCUUGUCAAGCACCAGAGGAUCCACACGGGGGAGCGCCCCUACCCGUGCGCGGAGUGCGGGAAGAGCUUCAGCACGAGGAGCACGCUCACGGAUCACCAGAGGACCCACACCGGGGAGAGACCCUACAACUGCAGCCACUGUGGGAAAAGCUUCAACCGGGUCUCGCAACGCCGCAAACACCAGAGAAUCCACACAAAAAAGCGACCAGAAUGUGCCGAGUGCGGGAAAAGGUUCCGGAGUGAGAAGGAGCUCGCCACGCACCAGAGGGUCCACACCGGAGAAAAGCCAUACCAGUGUCCCCAGUGCCAGAGGAGCUACCAUCGGAAGAACGAACUGGCCAAGCACCUGAAAAGCCACGCGGGGAAGAAGCCAUAACCUCGUGCUUAUGGAAGCUGGGCGUGGACAGCACCACACUGGACAUGUACCAGCCCUCCGGGCCCAGCGCUGCCCCAUUCCAGGAGUGUCUCCAAGAGACGUAUCUGUGAGUUAGGAAUGUGGGGAGGAAGCGGGAGUGGUCUUGGGAGGGCAGGGUGUGGUCAGGGAAAUAUCUCCCGACUGCUGCCCCUCUUCAGGGCCUGAGCCAGGAUUCCAAGGUGCAGGCGGGGCUGGAACCCUCUGUUCUUAAUACUGAGGGAUCUAGCUGGUUCUGUAUGAUGCAUCCAGCCUCUCUUUCACCAGACCCACAGAGCAAGGCAGUCUGGGAAUUGUAGGCUCCAGAGAAGCCAGGACUGUAAUAGGCCUGUUGAGGAAGGGCUGGGGUGGGGUAUGUAAGAAUCUGCCUUCCUUCAAAUGUGGGAGAGACUCAGAGGAAGCCGGGAGGGGUCUCUGAGAAGAAGGGGCAGCUUAUCUAUUGUUUGGUUUGGUUUGGUUUGGUUUGCUCAUUUUACAGAGACUGAACUUUUGAUUUAGGGGUUGUCUACACACACGUUUGCACCAGUUUAGUUAAACCAGUACAAGCCCUGUAUGGACACUCUUAGUUAAGUUUAUUUGGGCUUAGGUUAAAUCUGUUCUUGGUCAGUUUAAAAUAAAUGAAGUAAGCCUGGUUUAAA